GAGCCCAAACGGCGAACACGCGACCGCACCGAGCAUGGCGACGACGACCUUGUAUGCAGAGUUUGACAUUGACAAGGGCAGUACGCUCCGUGCGAGCUACCCGGCCGCGGUCGACGCGCUCGAGGCGACGGUCCAUCGCCCACCCGAGUUUUUCGCCGACAUGAUGCUGCCCGAGGGCGUCCACAAUCGCGAAGAGGACUACACUGUCUUCUUCAUCCACGAGCCCGAGAGCGUGCAGUAUUGCUUGAGUGUCGUCAAGACCCAGCACGACGCUAACGUCCGCCGCGGCGCGCGGGUCAAGGCCGUCGCCAUUAGCUCUUCGUACCAGUUCUGCUACGCCUUCAAGCCACUGGUCGUGAUGGCCGUCGACAAGCUCUUUGCACUGCGCUUGGACGCACCCGAAGCCGCGACAACGCAGAUCCUGCAAGGCCUCUUUGACGCAAUCAACCGCGUCGACGUCUCGGGCGUCACGUGCCUCCAGCGGUCGCCAGUGGAAGUACGCUUGCUGAAGCGUUCGAUGAGUGCCAAGCCGCUCAGUGGCGACAUCCGCACGUCCGACGAAUCGCUCGUCUUCAAGACGCAGGCGCAAUGGGACGGCGCCAGCGUUCCGCUCCAGAUCAAGCUCUGCAGCACGCACGACCAACACGAGGAAGGCUUGCUGCUCGACCUCAUCGCCAAGUUUGGCGCCGAGACCAUGACGCUGUACAACGCUGUCUUGACGGGCGCCCGCAUCAUCAUGCUUGGCUACACCCUCCCCGCCGGUGAGGUGUGCAACUACGUGCUCUCGAUGAGCGCCCUCUUGUGCCCGCCCCUCGUCGGGAUCCUCUACCGGCAGUUCCCGUAUGCCAACUUGACCGACUUGGCGUUUCUUCAAGUGCCGGGUUUUAUCGCCGGCGUCACCAACCCCAUGUUCAAGGGCAAGAAGGAGUGGUGGGACGUGCUCUGCGACCUCUCGAGUGGCGACAUCGUGACCAACCUCCCGACCGAGAAGGACGACGCCGACGCAUCCGACCACGACUUUAUUCUCGAGGUCAUGGACGGGAUCGCGGCCGGCUUUAGCGAAGAGUGGGUGCGCUGCAUGUUUGAAGACUACACGCGCCUCAACAUCACCGACAUUGUGACGGGCGAGGCGCACUUUAUGGACCGCGACGCGCAGGGUCGGCGCACGGCCAUCAACAACCGCCGCAUCACCAAGUGGGCGCGCACGGAAAACUACGAACGAUUCCAAGCCGCGCGCGCCGCCAUGGCGCCGACGACCCCGGCCUUUGACGCCAGAGCUCGGGGCGUCGACUUGCGCAGGCACGUUCAAGUGCUUCUCCACGAGCGCGUGCUGGAGGAUGCGCUCGUCGAGCGUAUGUACGCCGACUUUGUGUCGUUCCUGCACACGGAAGCCGAGCUCAAGGAGCUCUUGAGCCACUUGCCGCGCGCCCGCGGCGGGCUCCACGUGAUCGCGCAAGGUCUCUUCCACGCGUCGUUUAGCGUCCAGUACAACACCAUUAUCUUGCUCAAGCGCUGCGAAGCGUUCCCGGCGACAGCGACGGCCGUGACCAGCCUCAACCCGUUCGUGGCCAUGACGUACACGCGCCUGCACCGUUGCUUGGUCCAGCCCACAGCCUAG